AUGUCGAGCAACAUAGUAUCAGUAUUUAAUCCGCCACCUGAGAGAUCAUUGAGCGAUGAAGAAACCAUGGAUUGUGUGCCUUGCCAAGUGAUGGCAACGAUGUUUUCUAUAGGCUUCGGUAGUUACUUAGCGAGUGGUCAGCCGUUCAAAUACACUGAUAAAGAACGACAGAGAGGCAUUACGUUGAAACAAUUCGAAAGUCGAAAUCCAAAGUGGUGGAGGAACGGAUUGCGUGGAUUUGGUGGUGCUUUGGUUGUAUUUGGGCUCUUCAGAGGAACAGAAGGCUGGCUGUGGAACAAGAAUAAAGAAUACAAGAAAUUCUAA